CUGCAUUGUCAUCAAAUUCAUUUUAAGUGUCUUUAAAAGAGGAUUAGCCGCUAGAAAAGUGCUAAGAAGCUAUAUAAAUUGUAAAAACUUUCAAGAAAAAAAUUAAGCAACAUGAACUUCAACAAAGUAUUCAUCUUCUUGGCUGUCGUGAUCGUCAUAUUCGCUGGACAAACAGAGGCCGGGUGGCUCAAGAAGAUCGGCAAGAAAGUUGAGCGUGUUGGUCAGCACACCAGAGAUGCUGCCGUUCAAGGAAUUGCUGUGGCACAACAGGCUGCCAAUGUUGCUGCUACUGCCCGAGGAUAAUCAUUAUUGAAUACUUAAAAAAUAUUGAAAUAUUCUAAGAUUUACUUAAAAAACAACUAUUUAUUUUACCCAAAAAACGCAUAUAUAUCGAUAUUACUAAAAUUAUGAACAACUUUAAAUAAAUUGAAACACUUUACGAGUACAAAAUAUUAA